UCAGUUUUACGUUCAGAGUUGCAUCGGCUGCGGCCACUGACACACAACGUUUACACUCGCUAAGAAUAGUUUGAUACGAAUACAUCGUUGAAACUCCACAGAUAUACUUCAAAACGAUAGAUUCUCGCUUCGCGACAACAAAUCGGUUCUAUAUAAACAACGGGAGUUUUUUUAUUUUAUUUCUCGUGCAAUUGUUUUUAAAAGUCACUCGUUGUUGGUUUUUAACAAAUGUAAUACUUAAAAAAUCGGUGCAUGUCAUGAAUUGUAUACAAUUUUGAAAAGAAAAAAAACUAAACACUUUUUAUGAAUUCCGAUUAAGGAGAGUUUUUUUUUACAUUAAACAGUGUGGUGUUUGAUAGACAGUAUAGACUUUUGGAAAGAGAGCGACAUCAAUCGAAGGACCAAGUACGAAAUUUGAUUUUAUUUUGCAAUCGAAUUGUGAAUAAACUGUAUAUUGUUUAAAGCAUUAAAAAUUGUGUAAAAAUAAGCAAAAAGGGCGUCGCACCCAAGAGCCGACAGAGUUUAUUUAAUGCCAUUGGAUCGAUUGGAUUGUGUUUAUGAAUUGAUUUUGGACGAAAUCGUUUCUGCCGUAAUUUGCUGACACGUGAGAGAUUCAAGUGAAUACCGAUUUGAUUGAUAUUGACGGGCGCACGCGCACAUGAUCUUACUUGCAUCAGCCAACUGCACACGGCCAUCAUAUAUUCACGAUCAUAACUUUUUUAAAAUAAUAAUCGGUUUACCGACAGACAGACCGACCGUAUGAAAUGAAAACGGCUAAAAUAAAUAAACAAAGCGAGAGCAGAACGAAUAAAACGUAUCAAUAGCACAAUCGAAACGACCGUAUUAAUACAGUUCCAUUGAAUACGUACGCAACAACGAGUUGUUUUGGUUUUUGUUUUCGGAACGAAGCAACCAACCAACCAGCCAACAAAGUCAACCAGCAAGAGAUUGAGAGGAAGAGAGUGGAAACACAAACUCAAUCCGAGUGGUUAACACUUGCACACACACACACACAGCACGAAUAAAAAUAAAACGGCCGAAGCAAGCAGACACCUCUAGAUUGGAUUCCGUCUUUUUCUUCCAUCCCGGUGAUGCAAGCGUGAAAUGAAUUUUCCACUAAAAAAUAAAUCUAGUGUGAAAAAUAUUGCUGAAUAAGUGUAGAAAACAGCGAAAUAAACAAACGAAUAAAACUUAAAAUAGAAACGAACAAAUUGUGUUGAUAACGAAAAGUAAUAGCAAAGUGUAUGUGUCACUAAAAAUAUGCAAGAAAUGCAAUCAUCGAAUUGUCAACGACGAUAUGGUAUGGCCCGUAAGUGGGUCGUCAGUGUGAUUCUUAUGCUGACAACCAUCGUCUUCGCCAUAAAUGCUGAACAACACAAUAUCGAUUCGAGCAUCGUGUCUCGUGCUGAUGUGCAGGCUGAACUCCCUGGACCAAUGACAUACACUGACGAUGCACAACGACACUCCCAGAAAUUAGCUACUUACAAAAAGGAGUUGUUAGGAUGUCCGAAUACAUCUAAGAAAGUCAUAUUAUCAUUGAUUCUGAGAACAAAUAGCUGGGAUGACAUUAUUGAUAACAAACGUGAUCGUGCACUAAGUAAAUUGUCGAAAUUGUUCGGCGUUCCAAAGGAUUUGAUGGUCACAAGCAAUAUCAUUCAACGAGACAUCUCGGAAAUGGAAAAGAAUUCAAUUGAAAAAGGCAAACAUGUACCGUCAGAGCGUAAACGUUUUGGUAAACUUGAAUUUGUGAUUGGUUGCAGCGAUUACUUUACAAAUAGUAACACAAUUGCCAAACGUAUUUCGCGUCAAAUGGAAGAGAAUUUAAUUAGCGAAACGUCGGGAUUGAAUUUCGAUUGGUGGUGCAUUUGGGAAAAACAACCAAAUUAUCGAAUGCCGCGAAGCAAACGAGACGCUGCCGCCGGAGAAGAAGUCGACGAGGAAGCCGAUGAAGAAGAUUACUAUUAUGAUGACGAUAAUGAAUCAACCGACGCACCGGUCGAACCAAAAAAAAUCGAACAAGAUGUGAUUGAACAUGACACCGAUGAACAUCCACAUAGACAUCAUCACGGCGACGAAACGCUUUCGAAAAAAGAUCGCAACGAAAUGUUAAAAAAUGAAAAAUUAACCGCUUCUGACUCGACCGAAGAGUCCAAUAUAAAAUCGACUAAUGAUCGUAACAUCAUCGAUUUGGAGAUGCAACAACAACAACAAGAACAGAAACAGCAACAACACACAAUGGCCAAACCAAUCGAAACGCAUACCCUUGCCAGUGAAGAAUCAUCGAUCCAAGAAGAGGUUACACAAUUGAAAUCGGUCAUUACAAAAACCAUUGAAAAUAACAAUGAAAAUGUAAAAGAAUUGAAAGAAUUAGAAAAAAUCGCAAACGAACGUAAAGAAGCGACGGAAAGGGUCAUUUUAACGGAUUCAUUUAAUGGAAACAAUGAUUUUGAGCCAAUUGUCGAAACAUUCUCCGAAGACGAUGCCAUUGUCAUAAAACCAAAACAAACGGCCGACGAACGGCCGGCCGAGGCGCAGGAAAGCGAUUACGUGAUCGAAGAUAAUAUGAAUAAAAAUGGAAAAUUGGCCACGAUUGACAUUGACAAUGACAAACAUAAGACCGAUUCAAUGGUUUUGGCCAAAGCAAACGAACGCAUUUUCACAUCGAACGAUUUCGACGAUAGCAAUAUUAAUAACAAUAAUAAUAAUAAUCAUAAUAAUAAGGGAUUCGAUGAUGUUACGAUAAGUUUAGAUACAUCUAAGACAUCAUUGGAUGUAACACAGUCAUCAUCACCAUCAUUACCAUCUACUUCACCAUUGCUCACAUCAACAUCAACCACAUCACAAGAAUCACCAUCCACAUUGACGACACCGAAACUAAAUGCAAUCGAAACAACUGAAUCACAAUCAACAACGUUGUCGACAACCAUUGCCCAAUCGGUAAAUCUGCCCGUUUCGAUAACGAACAAAAUUGAGUCGGCCAUGCCAAUCACCAAUGUGCCAAUCUCUAGUUCGGAAUCGAUCCAAACCGAGUCGACACUUCGCACUACUGAAUUGACAACACCAAAAGUAACAUUACCAGCAAAGAACAAUGGUGGUAAUUUAUUAACACCAUCGACUGUCCAACAACCAAGCAAUGCUGGUGUAGAUCAAGUAGAUACCACCGAAUCAAACGAUGAUGAUGAUGAUUACGAUGAUGAUAAUGAUUAUGAUGAGCAAGAAGGGCAACAAGGCAAUGUACCAUUAACACCAACAACAAAUACAACGUCACCGGAAACAACAACACCCGAACCGACGACAACAGCACAAUUAGUUACAACGUCAUCGACCACCACAUUGGCAACGACUACAACGACCGAAGCAUAUGUUGAACCCGAAAAUGUUAACAAUGUACCAGUGAUCAAAGCACGAUUAGCAAAACUAGCUGUCACCGCUGGAAAGCCAUUCAAUCAUAUUGUGCCAUUGGACACAUUCUACGAUACUGAAGAUGGUACAAAUUUGAAACUUGAACUAUUAGACAAAUAUGAAAAACCAUUGGAAGCAAAAUCAUGGAUUCAAUUUAAUGCUGAAACAAGAAACAUUUAUGGAUUGCCACUUGAAGAUGCUGUAUCCAAAUGGCAAUUUAAAUUACGUGCCACGGACAGUGCAAAUGAGAGUGUAUUUGAAUCACUGGAUAUUUCGGUGCAACAGCACAAAUCAUAUCGCAGCGUAAACCACGAAAUUAUUAUUGCUGUCAAUUUAUUGAAUGAAUUUGCAAGCAAUGUUGAUUGGGAAAUGCGUUUGAUUAAAGGAAUUGUCGAUAUUUUGGGUGAUACACAAAGCGUUUUAGUUCGUGACAUUCGGUAUGGUAUUCUAGAUCCAAAUGCUGCCACAUUCAUCUAUACAAAUGAAUCAUUGCCGAAAGAUAUUUGCCCAGAAACACAAUUAAAUGAAAUCAUUGAAAAAUUAACACCGAACGCAUUGAACAAUGCUGUAUCACCGCAAAUGUCAAUUAAAUCAAUUGAAGGUAAAACAAUUGGCACAUGCUCAAAACCAGAAACGGUCAAACCAACCGCCCCAAAACCAACACAACAUGUUAUGAAAAAUUAUCCACCGAUUGCACGAAAUCAAGUCGAUCGUGUCAAUGCAACCAUAAAUCAAUUGCUUGUAUUCAAAGUACCGUCGGAUACAUUCUACGAUCCAGAAGAUGGCACCGACUUAAAAUUGAGCUUGCUAACCUAUGAACGCAGUGAAUUGGAUCCAAAAUAUUGGCUACAAUUCGAUUCGAAGAAUAAAGAAUUUUUCGGUGUACCGAAAUUUGGCGAUGCUGGCCAACGUGAAUAUGUUUUGGUAGCCGAAGAUCGUGAAGGAUUACAAGCAACCGAUGCUCUGGUUGUUGUUGUCAGUCAACCAUCACAUCGUGAAUAUAGUACGGCAUUUGAAUUUACAUUGAAUAUGCAAUACGAUGAAUUCAAUAAUUCGGCAGCACAGCGUCGUUUCAUCGAGCGCAUUGCACAAAUUUACAACGAUCCAACUACCUCGAACAUUCAAAUUCGUUCAAUUCGAAAGAUUCAUCAAACUGGUGCAACGCAUGUUACAUUUUUUAAUACCACAUUGCAUCGGCCGCAUAAUGUGUGUCCAAAUGAGGAAAUUGAUACGUUAAAAUAUAUUUUGGUGCAUAAAGACAAUUCGAUUCGACAGCGUGUCAAAGACAUAAUCGGAAAUGAAUUUGAUCUCGUUAAAAUAAAUUUAGCACCAACCGGACCAUGUCUUCCAACCGAUUCCAAUAAAAUUCUUACCGCAAAUAUUCCAAUCAAACCCGACGACACCGAUCCACUUAGUUUCAAAGACGAUCAUCUACUUACAUUCGUUCUUCCAGCUGUUAUAAUAUUUGCUAUGCUCUUCUUAACAUGUAUCAUUGCUUGUGUUUUACAUCGACGUCGAAUGACCGGCAAAAUGGAGCUCGGUAAGUAUGCUGGUGAUGAAGAAGAGCGCAGGGCGUUCCGAUCAAAGGGUAUUCCAGUUAUUUUCCAAGAUGAAUUGGAUGAAAAACCAGAAAUUGGGAAUAAAUCACCAAUCAUUUUGAAAGAUGAGAAACCACCACUAUUACCUCCAUCAUACAAUAGCACAAAUCCAGAUGAAGAAUUAGAAGACUAUAUUCCGCCACCAGCUGUUGCAAUGAGCGGCCGAGAAUCGCGCGGAAAAUCACCAGUGACGCCAUCAUAUAGAAAACCGCCACCAUAUGUGUCGCCUUAAACAAAACGUCAUUCUACAUUUAAUACUCACAACAACAAAAAACACACACACAGGACUAACUUUUAUAAGAUAAAUAAAUUUAGGGUUUAAUCGACACAAUAUAUAUACAUACUUACUCUACUGUCAAGAGAAAACAAAGAGCAUACAAUAAUUGACCACCACAUUUACAUGCAGCUCACACAUCUUCGUAUUAUCGAUAAUAAAUAUUAAAUGAGAAUUGUUUCGUCAAAGGCGAGAAAUAGUCGGCGCGCAGCUAAUUUCGGCAACUCUUAAGCAAAUAAGAACUGACAUAAUUCAGUGAAUAUGUCAAAUAAUAGAAAGAGACAGAGAGAGAGAGAGAGAGAGAGAGAGGGAGAGGGAAAGAGGAGUGAAAAUGGAGAAUUUUUUGUCGCCAAUAUGAUUUUUAAAUGGCCAGUGUUAUACAAUUUGUAUAUCGAGUUGAAGAAAUAUUGUAUUUUUUUGUGUGUGUAACAAAUUCAUUAAAUCAACGUCUCAUAUAAAAUAACGAAUGAGUAUCAUAGAAAAAAUUAAGUCUUUUCACUUUUUAGACCAUGUGAACCAUCGAAUUUUAUUGCAACUAAACAAAAAAAACAACAACAUACACAUAACAAUCAUAACAAUUGUUAACGCUAGAUUAGAUUGAAAGAAGAUUUUAAUUUGAUUUCAACCAAACAUUUUUUUCGAUCAAAUUUUGCAUUUAUUUCGAAAUUUGACAAAAAAAAAAAAAUGUGUACGUCGACACGUAUAUUUUAAUUUUUCACUGAAAUAAAUUCUAAACAAAAAGAAAAUUAACUGAUUUAAAAUCGCUAAUUAAGGAAAAAUUUAUCAAAAAAAAACAAACAAACAAAAAAUCACAAAUUUUAGGCAAAAAAUUAAUCAUUGAAUUGGUAAAUCAAAAUAAACAAAAACUCUGUUAAAUAAUAAUUAAAAUAAAUGUGCUUAUGUUUGUAAUUGGUCAUUUUUGUCUCUUCUUCUUCAUUUUGAUUUGAUAAAACGAAAGCACUAGGAUUAACAAAUAAAUGAUGACAUUUUUAGAAAGCACAUGCACACAUUUCGAAUAAAAUGUGCUAUUUUGCCUGUAUACUAAUCAAAAAAAAAAAAAA